AUGGGUCAAAAUUAUACGGAGAAUAUGAAACUCGUGAGCGAUGGCAUUGCUGAUAUGUCUAAAAACCUUGAUAACCUAAUUACGGCUUUAGCUAGACAACAACUUGAAGAUAAAGAAAAGAGCAGGACCAAAGCUGUUGCAAAACGCCAACAAAGAGAAGAGGAACGAGUUGCUCGCACACAAGAAACAACUGAGAAUAAUAAGGUUCUCGCAGAUACCAUUACAACCAGUAUAACCACAGCUCUAACUACUUUGUCCACGACUCUGUCGACAAGUAUAUCCACUGCUUUGUCUUCUCACCUCAAUGGUAAUGGUAACAAUCCUGGUGAAACUCCUCCACCCCCACCUCCACCUCCGCCUGCCAGAGCUAGUGUUAUUAAUCUCAAGUUUCCUUACUUUGACAGAGAGGAUCCUGAUGGCUGGAUUUUUAACACUAAUAAAUAUUUCUCGGUGCAUACAACUGAUGAUGCCCUCAAGAUUACUAUUGCUGCUGCUAGUUUGAAAGGUGAUGCUAAUGUUUGGUAUCGUUGGAAACAAGCCAAAGUUAUGAUAGUUACAUGGGCAGAAUUUUCUUCGCAUGUUCGUGCUAGAUUUGCUCCUACCAAGUUUGUUGAUGCUCGACUCGCCAUUAGCACAAUCAACCAAAACGGGUCAGUACGAGAACAUAUUCCUGAAUUUGAGAGAUUGUUAAAUUUCGUUGAUUUUCCAGAGGACUAUUUGAUUAGCUGCUUUAUUCGUUCAUUAAAACCACAUAUUGGUUGUAUGGUCAAAUUGCUUGCACCACAAUCCCUAGCCGAGGCUUUUACCAAAGCAAUUCACCAAGAAGAAGCAUAUGCAGCUACUAGGUUUAUACCUAGACAACCAUAUCGUCCUCCUCAUAUCAGGACUGAUGCUAUAAUAUUAACAUUCUUGGAUAUCGAUGAGGAAGACACUGAUAUUCCUGCUGAGAAAUCUGAAGAAACUAUUUCCUUUGAUCACGCUGAAGUUUCAGAAUCAGAACCAAAGAUGUCCUUUACUUCACUUAUGGGAUCUUCUUUUCCUAGAACAAUGCGUAUUAUGGGUUAUAUGAAGGGUCAACCCCUCACAUUCUUGAUCGAAUCUGGUUCUACUCAUAACUUUUUGCACCCCAACUUGGCUAGGCAAUGUGGUUACAUUCCACAAGUGAACGAUACUGCCUUAUGCGUUACAGUAGGAGAUGGUGGUCAGAUGCAGACUAAGGGCUCCUGUCAUAGCAUUCCAUUCACAUUACAUGGCUAUUCUUUUUCAGCAGAUUUUCAUCUAUUGGAUAUCAGUGGAUGCGAUGCGGUUUUAGGUGUUCAUUGGCUACGCACAUUAGGUCCUAUUACAUGGAAUUUUUCUAAGCUUACUAUGUAUUUUCAAAACCAAGACAAAGAGAUUACUUCAGUUAUUUCUUCCACUCCAAGUGUAUGUCAUCCACCUGAAAUUCAACAGUUGUUACAUGAGUUUUAUGAUAUAUUCGAGACACCAACUUCUCUUCCUCCAGAAAGGAUACACGAUCAUCGUAUUCCACUAGUUUCUGGUUCUACUCCGGUCAAUGUGAAACCAUAUCGAUAUCCUUAUUUUCAGAAAUCUGAGAUUGAGAAAAUUGUUGUUGAGCUACAAUUAGCUGGAUUUAUUUGCCUAAGCUCUAGUUCGUACUCUUCUACAGUUUUGAUGGUGCGCAAAAAAGACGGCUCUUGGCGUAUGUGUGUUGAUUACCGUGCUUUGAACAAGCUUACAAUCAAAGAUCGAUUUCCAAUACCGGUUGUGGAUGAGUUACUUGAUGAGUUGCAUGAUGCAACUGUGUUCUCUAAAUUGGGUUUACGCUCAGGCUAUCAUCAAAUACGAUUGCAUAAAUCUGACAUUCCUAAGACAGCCUUUCGAACUCAUGAUGGUUAUUAUGAGUUCUUAGUUAUGCCAUUUGGUCUUUCCAAUGCUCCGGCUACUUUUCAAAUCUUGAUGAACCAUAUUUUCAGACAACAUCUGCGUAAGUUCGUGCUAGUCGUUUUUGAUGAUAUUUUAAUAUAUAGCAAGAACAUGUCUGAUCAUUUAGUUCACUUGUCAUUCGUAUUUGAAAUCCUUCGUUCUAACCAACUAUUUGUCAAGGAGUCUAAAUGCCAAUUUGCUCAAUCUUCAGUUGGUUAUUUAGGCCAUGUAAUUUCUGAGAAGGGUGUUUCAGUUGAAAACGAUAAGAUAGAGUGUAUCGUUUCAUGGCCUAUUUCUAGUACAAUCAGAGAAUUAAGGGGAUUCUUAGGAUUAGAAGGAUAUUACAGAAAAUUUGUGAAGGAUUUUGGUAAGAUCAGUGCUCCGUUAACUAAGAUGCUUAAGAAGGACGCUUUUGAAUGGACUGAUCAGGCUAAUGGUGCUUUUAAAUUGUUACAACGUGCGUUAAAUACAACACCAGUUUUGAUUCUUCUUGAUUUCUCUAAGGAAUUUUCAAUUGAGUGUGAUGCGUCUGGAUUUGGAUUGGGUGCUGUUUUAUUACAAUCGGGCAGGCCUAUUGCUUAUCACAGUAAACCGUUGGCUGAGAAGAACAGAAAUAUAUCGGUUUAUGAUAAAGAAAUGCUGGCUAUUAUAUCUGCAAUUCAGAAGUGGCGACGUUACUUACUUGGGCGGCAUUUCAAAAUUUACACAGACCACAUGAGUCUAAACUUAAGUGCACCUAUUUUCGGUGGAGUUACUGAGAUAGUGCAAGAAUGUCACACUGACAUUGAAUACAAAGAACUCAUUCAAAAGUUAAUUGCAGAUCCUACUUACAAACCAAAAUUUUCUUAUGUUGAAGGUGUGUUGCGUUACAAAGGAAGAAUUGUGGUAGUUUCAACUUCUUCUUGGUGCACAAAAAUAUUGGAAGAGUUUCAUACUCAACCAAUUUGUGGACAAUCAGGAUUUCUACGUACGUAUAAACGUAUGCAACAUAGUUUCUAUUGGAAAGGGCUUAAGCAGUUCGUCAAGACUUUUGUUCUUCAUUGUGACGUUUGCCAAAGAAGCAAAUCUGAAGUUGUUUCACCUCCAGGCCUUUUAGGUACUUUGCCUAUUCCUACAGAUGUGUGGAUCGAUAUAUCUAUGGAUUUUAUCGAUGGAUUUCCUUCAUCAAACAGAAAAAACUCUAUAUUGGUGGUAGUUGAUCGUUUGUCAAAGUAUGCUCAUUUUAUACCUCUCACUCACCCAUAUUCUGCGAGUUCUGUUGCAGAAAUUUUUGUGCGUGAAGUUGUCAGACUCCAUGGCAUGCCAAGAACUAUAGUGAGUGAUCGCGACCCAAUCUUUAUGAGAAAUUUCUGGGAGCAUACUUUACACUUCAGAACACAGAAUUAUGUCGCAGUUCAGCGUACAAUCCUCAGUCCGAUGGGCAAACAGAGUCGCCCUCCGUCAUCAAUUACAACUUAUUUACCUGGCUCAACUUCUGUGCAUGAUGUUGACUUAAAUUUAAAGGCUCGUGAUCAUACUCUCAAGCUACUGAAAUCCCAUUUGCAUGAUGCACAAUCCAGAAUGAAGAAAUCUGCUGAUUCUCACCUUGCUUACAAAUUAAAUCUUCCUACAACUAGUCGCAUUCACCCAGUAUUUCAUGUGUCGCAGCUUAAACUUAAGUUAGAAAUGACUACUUCUGUGGAACAGAUUUUGCCCGCAAUCAUCGAUUACGAUAAGUGGGAGCAUGAUACUAUUUUGGACAUAAUGAUGUAUAAUAGUAAUCGAGCUCGUACCAAAUGGCUCAUAAAAUGGAAAAAUCAUGCACAAGAUGAAGCAACUUGGGAAGAUGCAGCUGAUUUCCUUGUCCGAUUUCCAAAAUUUGAGGCUUGA